CUUUAUGUGUAGAAAAACAAACAUGGCUGCCUCCAUGCAGUUCGACUUUUCAGGCUGUAGAAAAACGUUUACGGAAUCUCUCCAUCAUGCAAGUACCAGUGAAGACAUCCAAACCACUCUUGAGGGUAUUGACAAGUAUUCUGGCGGUGAAACAGAAAAGAAGUUGGCACUGGAUCAGUCUCUCAGAGAUGCACUGAAGGAAGCUCUGGUUUUCCAAAAGGGCUAUGAUGUCUUCAAGGCUCUGAUACACUUUUCUGUAGAAGCUGCAUCGAAAGAGAUGUGCUCUGCCUCCACUCCAUUCCUGAUGUUGUCAGACAUCUUUGACAUGAUGACCUUGGACAAGUGUGAGGAGGUCUUCAACAUCGUGGAGGAGAAAGUGACAACGUGGAAGUCUAGCAUGUUUUAUGAUGCAGGAAAAAACUAUCUCCUACGAAUGUGCAAUGAUUUAAUUCGUCGUCUCAGCAAGUCCCAGAACACAGUUUUCUGUGGUCGGAUUCAACUGUUUCUGUCCCGACUCUUCCCGCUGUCAGAGAAGUCGGCUCUCAACCUCAUGAGUCAGUUUAACCUGGACAACGUCACUGUGUACAAUGUCAAGUCAGAUCAACGCAAAAUAAAGCUGAAGGAUGACAGCAAGGAUGAAAGUAUGGAUGUUGAGGAAGGGGAAAUGGAUGACUUUUCCAGCUCUAGUGGUGUUCCCAUAGACUACAACCUUUAUAGGAGAUUCUGGUCACUGCAGGAAUAUUUCCGAAAACCGGCACAAUGCUACGAGAAAGUUGCAUGGAAACAGUUUGUUGUGAAUGCAGACGAGGUGCUGGCAGCCUUUGACAGUCUGAAGCUGGAUGAUCUGAAGUCCCAGAGGAAGAACCCCAAUGCCAGGAAACAACUGGAAACACAGACAUUUUUUGCAAAGUACCUCACCAGUGAAAAGCUGUUAGAUCUGCAGCUGAGUGACAGCAACUUCCGGCGCUAUGUGUUGGUCCAGUUCCUCAUCCUCUUCCAGUAUCUCAACCUUCAGGUCAAGUUCAAGAAUGCUACCCAGGUCUUGAAUGAUGAUCAGAGCAACUGGUUAAAGAAUGCCCAGGAGAAGGUGUAUCAGCUGAUCAGGGAGACGCCGCCUGAGGGGGAGAAGUUUGCUGCCACAGUUGAGCACAUCCUGCAGAGGGAGGAGAAUUGGAACAACUGGAAGAAUGAGGGCUGCCCCAGCUAUGAGAGGGAGACGCCAAAGGAUGCCCCGAAAAUGAAAGUCAGAGCUAAGCGUCGACGUAUUGGGGACGACUUAAAAGCUGGUGGUGGGAAGAUUAUCAAGAUGGGCAGUGCAGAGCUGACUCGACUAUGGAACAUCAAUCCAGACAACAUGGAUGCUUGCAAGAAUGAAAAGAGAGACUUUCUACCCCAGCUUGAUGACUUCUUUGGAGAAGCCAUUGAGCAGGAUGACCCUGAGGCGAUGAUUGAAGACAACUACAAACUCAUCUACGAACAAAGUUUCCAGUGGAAGGCUUUACGUCUCCUUGCCCGUAGAUGUCCACAUUUCUUCACUCACAACAACACUCCAGCAAUACCCAUUCCCAAAUACCUGGAACUGAUGGUCAAGAAACUGGCCACAGAAAUGCCAUCCCAGUCAAGUGAAGACACGAAUGGAGAUCAACAGGAGAUGAAGACAGAGAUUGGGGAGGAGGAGGAGGCCAUUAAAGAGACACAGGAUGAAGAGGACCUCAAACAGGGCAAUGAACCAGACAAGGACGAGCCUGCCGAGGAGCAACUGACGAAAGUUCAGCUGGAGUUAGUGGCAGGGAAGUUGGCAGAUGACUGGAAGAAGCUGGGGACAGAACUGAACUUCCCAGAAGAUGAUAUGUGCUACUUUGAGGAAUCAUGUGACAAGGUCGCCAAACUGGCAGGACUCAAGAUGCUGACCGUGUGGAUGGAAAACGAGCCAGAGAGGGCAACAAUCGGAGCAUUACAAAUAGCUCUGAAGGAGAUCGGCCAUGUCGAUAUUGCCACAGAAGUGUUUGGAGCCUUGACAUAGUGGCACCAAGUCUGUGAUGGGUUUCCACCGACAUUACAUGAUUCAGUGUGUUGACCUAGAUGAUAUUGUUAUGUGACCUAACGAUGGACCGAUCUGGAUACUCAAAACACAUGCUGCUGUGCCUGGUUCCGCUUGCACUAAGAGAUCUUCACGCUGAAGCUAUUGUUGCUGCCACAUUUUAAAAAAGACUUAUAGUAGCCUUAACACAAUGAUUGUUGGUGCAAGUGGAUCCCGAGUCCUGUUCCACUCAGAGGUUGUAAUGCUAUGGUGAUCAUUACUUCGAUACUUUAACAUGGACAUCAGUUGUAGAGCUACAGAAUCGUUGUGGAAUGUCUUCCUGGGCCUAGAUUUUCGAAGAUUUUUCUUAGCGCUAAGAUAGUCGUAAGUUAAUGUUAAUGUAUGGCACUUAUGACUAUCUUAGCCCUAAGAGAGCUUCGAAAAUCUAGGCCCUGGAGCGUAUCACCAGUCCCAGCAAAACAUGUGGUCCAGGGUACUGUUGUACAAACAACCUUAGCGCUAAGACUACCUAAGUGUAUGUUAAGGUAUGGGAGUUAGGGUCACCUUAGUGCUAAGAUUGCUUUGUACAACCACACCCAGUGUGAUUUGCUGGUCUUUGUGCUCUGUAAGCUGAUGGUGUUCAAGCCUGUAAGAUCAUGUCUCUGCUAAAGUCAGCCAGGUAGAGGUGGGUUCAGCAGCUUCAUCAUCAACAUUAGCAUUCUCCAUCACAAUGCCAUUCUUGUAUCAGAUGUCAUCAAUAAAUCUAUUUUUACGUCA